AUGGACCCUAAGGAAGUAGUGGAUCAUUUGGUGGCCCUUAAAGUGAUGAGGCUUACCAAGCCUGCUCUCGUAAGCCCUAAAAUCGUAACUUGUGAUUUCAGAGAUUUGCCUGGCAAUAUUUUGAAUAAUUUUUUAAAAGAUGAUGCUACUUCAGUUGUCCAGAUGGAAACUUUGGCUGCUGGUCAAUUUCUAUUGUUGCCACAAAGCUUUGGUAAUAUUUAUCUCGGAGAAACUUUCUCUUGCUAUGUGUGUGUACACAAUGAGACAUCACAAACUGUGCAAAGUGUAUCUAUUAAAGCUGAUUUACAAACAAGUUCACAAAGAAUCCCAUUAUCUACACAAAAUCAAUCCCCAGUCAUGUUAGAUGUUGAUGAAACAUUAAGUGAUGUUAUCCAUCACGAAGUAAAAGACUUGGGCACUCACAUAUUGGUUUGUGAAGUGACAUACAUGUCAAAUUUUAAUACUUUGGCCUCAUUUAGAAAAUUUUUCAAGUUCGAAGUUAUGAAGCCAUUAGAUGUUAAAACUAAAUUUUAUAAUGCUGAAUCUGAUGAUGUUUUUCUAGAAGCUCAAAUCCAAAAUAUAACAUCAGGACCUAUUACUCUUGAGCAGGUGUCUCUUGAAAGUUCACAACAUUUUUCAGUGAAGUCAUUGAAUGAUGUUGAAGAUAGCUUAUCAGUUUUUGGCUAUGUCACAUUACUGCAAGCUCAGGAAAGUUGUCAAUAUUUGUAUCGGCUAACACCAAAAGAAAAUACAUCUACGGAAAUUAAAUUACCAGUAGCUGCCAAGAACAUUGGAAAAUUAGAUAUUGUAUGGAGGUCUAAUUUAGGAGAAAAAGGAAGGUUGCAAACAAGUCAGUUGCAAAGAAUAACACCUGAUUAUGGAGAUAUUAGACUUGUAUAUGAAAAUAUACCUAGUAAAGUUACUGUAGAUGAGCCAUUUAGCUUUAAAUGUAAAAUUGUUAAUGCCAGUGAGAGAACUUUAGAUUUAAUAUUAAAAUUACGUUCUAUUCAAGGUUCUAGUUUACUAUGGUGUGGCAUUUCAAAUAGAAAGCUAGGUCCCUUAGAACCUGGAAAUGUUAAAAAUAUUGAAUUAACUGCUUUGCCUAUAAAUACUGGUCUUCAUAUUAUAACUGGAGUAUCAUUGGUAGAUUUAUUUCUAAAAAGAACAUAUGACUAUGAUGACUUAGCUUCAGUUUAUGUAUGUUAA